GUGAUGAACGUCAUGGUCAUGACGUAUCUUUUUUUUACUGAUAAUUGCGUAUAAUAAUUAUCUUCAUGCGUAGUAACACGUUUAAAGUUAUACUGUUACUUUAGUGUGUAGAUCUUUGGGUUAAAACCUUAAUUUUUCGCUAUUUCUUUCGCGAUAUAGUAAUAUUUUUUUAAUUUAUUGCAGAUAUAAUUUGUUUAGCUACUAAACAAAUGUUGUAUUAAGUAUUAAAGAAUAAAAAGAAUGAUAAAAUGUUUACCCGUAUAAUUAGCUAUUUUAAUAAAAAAUUGACCUCAAGGUAUAUGAUAGUGAGCGCGAAGAAUCAAAAUGUCUGCCAGUUAUGUACUUCAUUUCCAUCCUUUAAAAAUAGAGAUCGUCGAAGUUUUUUGGCGUCUGUACCUUCAAUAGACGAAGGUACGGAUGGAGAAAAAUUCAUAUCUAUCGAUUCGAUCAUUACGAAGAAAGAAGACAUGUAUCCAGAUGACAAAACUCCAGAUAUGUUGGUUGGUGGCAUCAAAUUUUCUGAAUUACCUAUUUGUCACAUAAAGUCUUCAAAGAAUAACACAAUACUUCAUUUAACAAAAAGUAACGGUGAAAGAAUUAUGAUAAGAUCUUGCGGUAUGGAAGGAUUUAAAAACACAAGAAAAGGUACAAACAUAGCUGCCCAAGCUACAGCUAUUGGUCUUGCCACAAGAGUUAUGGAUAUUGGUAUACGAACAGUUAGAGUGACAAUACAAGGUUUAGGACCUGGUAGAUUAUCAUCAAUAAAAGGUCUCACUAUGGGUGGUCUCAAUAUUGUAUCAGUAACAGAUGAUACACCUGUAUCAUGGACACCUUUAAGAGCGAGGAAACGUCGUAAAUUGUAAAUUUUUGAGACAAUCCAAAACAGCUGUAGUUACUAAAAAUGCAUCAGGUAAGAAAUUUCCUCAAAUGUCACCAAUAGUAAUUAUUUUUUCAUGUUAAAUGUUAUUGUAAUCUAUUUUUUGCCAUAAUUUAAAUACAACUAAAAUGUUUAAUAGUACCAACCUUAUUGUUCUUUAUUUUGGGUUUUAAUGAAAUACUAUUAAUUCACACCGUGUUAAAUAAAUUUUUGUUAUUGUACACUUGAUAUAAUUAGAGUUUCAAAUUUUCAUGUUUUAUUGUUCAUAGUUCAUUUCUCAUGUAUUUGACACUAUAGGCUGAUACGUGUAAUUUAAUUUCAGUGAAGUUUUCCUGUUAUUUUAUAUUAAUAUAAAUAGAAUAUCUUACACCCUAUAUUAUGUUAAAAGUGCCAUAAGGGUUGUUCAAAAGAUUGGACAGUUAAUUUUUGUACUUCUAUUUAUUGUCUACAUUAUAUUAGAGCUAUUGAGGUAUAAAACUUUAAUUUUGGAGUCGGACCCAUUUUUAAAAUUUUAAGAUAAAGUUCUUAUAU